CGCAGCGAGAUGGAGCCCCCUGCCGCCUUCUCGGGCUUCCCGGCCCUGCCCUCGGUCGCGCCGUCGGGGCCGCCGCCUUCGCCGCUCGCCGGAGCCGAGCCCGGGCCGGAGCCCGAGGAGGGGGCCGCGGGCCGCGGGGAGCCGGAGCCCGCACCCGGCCCGGGCCGGCGGCGGCGGCGGCCCCUGCAGCGCGGGAAGCCGCCCUACUCAUACAUCGCUCUCAUCGCCAUGGCGCUGGCGCACGCCCCCGGCCGUCGCCUCACUCUGGCCGCCAUCUACCGCUUCAUCACCGAGCGCUUCGCCUUCUACCGCGACAGCCCGCGCAAGUGGCAGAACAGCAUCCGCCACAACCUCACGCUCAACGACUGCUUCGUCAAGGUGCCCCGCGAGCCGGGCAAUCCGGGCAAGGGCAACUACUGGACGCUGGACCCGGCGGCCGCCGACAUGUUCGACAACGGCAGCUUCCUGCGGCGCCGCAAGCGCUUCAAGCGCGCCGAGCCGCCCGCGCCCGCGCCCAACCCUCCGGGGCCCGCCGCCGGCCCGCCGCCCGGCCCCUACGCGCCCUUCCCGGCUGGCCCCGGGCUGCUCGCGCCGCUCCCUGUCGCCCCCGGGCCCGCGCGCCUCUUCAGCGUCGACAGCCUGGUGAGCCUGCCGCCCGAGCUGGCGGGGCUGGGAGCCCCCGAGCCGCCCUGUUGUGCCGCGCUCGACGCCGCCUUCCCAUCCUGCGCGGCCGCCGCCUCCUCGCCUCUCUACGAGCCAGCCCCCGACCGCCUGGGGCUGCCCGCGGCGCGCCCGGGCCCCGGCCCGCUUCCCGCCGAGCCACUGCUGCCGUUUGGGGGGCCGCCAGGCGCGCUCGGCCCGCUCGGCCCGGGGGAGGCCUACCUGAAGCAGCCUGGCUACACGCCCGGAUUGGAGCGCUAUCUGUGA